GCAGUGAGAUUUUAACUGACUGACUGACUCACUCACUCACUCAGUCACUCACUCACGGCCCCCAUUAACUGCACUUUCUCUUUCUCUCAGUUCCACGAAGCUUUUCGCACAAGCCGUUAUAUAAAAGGACGAAAAAGAACGCCAUGGAAAUUUACAGCGUCCGUAAACCAGUUCAAUCGCGGAAGCAAAUUCAACAGUUGUUCGUCGAGGAACUGGAAAAAAGGAGGAGGAAUUGAUGUGGUAAUGGAUCGGCUGACACCCAAGAUCAGGCAUCUUCUUCUUGCGUGGCUCCACAGAACUCGUUCUGGCCCAAUAUCAUUUAUAAGACAAUUUUCUUACAAGGAUAUAAAGAAAGCGACAGACGAUUUUCACAGGAUAAUUUACAGCAAUUCCCAUGGUUCUGCCUAUAGGGCGAGAUUUAAAGAUGGCAAUAUUGCUCUGGUAAAAGAAGUGACAGGUCUAAGUGAAGGAAAAGAAAUUUUCUACAAGGAAGUGCAGCUUUUGGGACGAUUGCAUCACCGCCAUCUUCUUGCACUUAAGGGGUUUUCCACAGGAGAUAAAAGGUUGCUAGUGUUUGACAAUAUAGAAAAUGGAAGCUUGAAGGAGCACCUAAAUGAUCCUCUUAGGACUCCUUUAAAUUGGAAAACAAGACUACAGAUAGCUGUUGGCGUGACAGCUGCAUUGGAAUACUUACUUUUCUUCGGCGGCCCUCCGGUGUACCGUGUCUCCAUCAGCUCAAGUAAUAUCAUGUUAGAUGAGAACUUCAUUGCAAAGAUCUCUGAUGUCAGCCUUAAGAGUUCUGUUGGAACCUACAUGAAGAUGCCUUCCUCUUGCUCAAAAGAAUGCAUGGAUCAGGAAUGUGGUAACCUAAUAUUUCAGCUCGGCGUUGUGAUCUUGGAGCUAAUAACCGGUCAAUCAUCUAAGCAGGAAGACAGUGAUCUAAUCCAAUGGGAUCAGGGUUCACGCCUCAGCAAUUCCAUCCAUAAGAUGAUAGACCCAGAUCUCGGUAACAACUACGAUUCUAGAGAGCUCAGGAAACUCUAGCCGUAGCAAGAUUGUGUAUAAAAUCUAAGGAUAAGCCACAACAUUUUCUAUUGCACAGAUAUUUCGUUAUCUGCAAAAGAAGGUAGAUGUUCUAUGCGUCUAGUGUUUGCAAUAUGAUAGUUCAUUUUAUACAAUAUUUGAUCGAGAUGGUUACUUCUUUAGUUACAGGAUUUUUAGGCAAAUAUUGUUUUUUCCAAUAAGAUAAUCUUAUGAUUGAUCCAAAA